AUGUUGUUCAUCAGUGCUCUGUUCAUCUCAGCAGCAUUUCUUGGUCUUACAAAAGCACUUCAAGUAGACCCCACCACAGCUGACGGCAUCUAUGCCGCACAAGAAGAUGGCACAAUCGUACGACUUGGUAAUCUUCCUGCUAACACCACGACCAAGCGAGAUCUCGUCAAAAGCGCCAAAUUUAGUGCACGUGACAUUGAUGGUACUCCUCCGGGCUACGUAAGGUGUGAAGGAGCAGUCCUCAAUGACCUCGAGUGGUCGGAUGCGGCAAAUGCAAUGGCGGGGUACUGUGGGGACAGCCAAACGUUCCACAGCGCCAUUUACUCCUACUCCAAGGGGGCGACAGGAAAUGAUGGAGUGGUGGCGUACGUAUGCGCCUACAGCGGAAAGGGGCCAGGCGACAACAAGUGCGAUAAGAAUAGUGCAGAAGGAUGGUAUGGUGCUGUCAACAAGCUCCAAGACCCGAUGAAUGGCCUGCCCUCCGCUCCCCUAGCCCGCCCACGUAGCAGUGGUGGCAGCAUUGGAGAUGCUAGCUUUGCGCCCUUGAGCAGUCCUAUCUCUACCAAUGGCAAAAUCAAGAUUUCCAAACGGCGUCAUGACCAGACCGACCCUGGCAGUAGCUCAGCCGAGAGUCUGGACGAGGCGGGUGCUGGUAAGAGAGAUAGACGGCGGCUACCCGGCGUGAAACGAGCUUGCAAUGAGUGCCGCCAACAGAAGCUGAAAUGCGAUGUCAUCACUGAGCCUACGAUUGACACAAACUUCAAGAGAGUGGGAAAGCGCAGCCGGCAUGCCGAAAUGGAAAGAGAGAUUGAGGACCUCAAGCAUCAACUAGAGAUGCAUCAAUCCGCAACUUCUGUGCCCAAGAUCAAAGCAGAGCCUACAAGCCCCACCUCAUCUCCCACACAAGCAAUGGAUGCCUUCAUGGGUCACGAAGACGCGGCAGCUUCACUCAUGGAUCUGGCUUCCGGUCAAGAGGCAGGGUCGUUCGCUAGAAGCCCCGGUGCACGAAUCAUGAUGUCUCGGAGGCUUGGUGAUAUUUCACUGAGCAUGGAAACAGCAGAUCAAUUGUUCCAGAUAUAUUUUUCUUGCUAUCAUCCAUUUCUACCAAUACUUAACAAUCUACACUCGCCUGAUGAUUUCUAUGAUUCGUCGAAACUUCUGUACUGGACAAUCAUCGCUGUUGCCGCACGCCGCUAUCAGGAAAAUCCUUCGCUCCUGACUACACUCACUUUACCUUUGAACAAGCUACUCUGGGAACAGAUCGGAGAGGUCCCACAAAACUAUCUCUUUUGCAAAGCCGUCUGCCUGCUUUGCACAUGGCCAUUGCCUAUCAGUAGCACAUCCUCUGACCCUACCUUCAUCCUCUCUGGCCUGAACGUGCAUGUCGCAAUGCAGAUGGGCUUACACCGCCCUUCUCACGUCCAAGACUUCUCCAAAUUUAACAAGGCGGAACUAAUGGAGGAAGAUCUGAGAGACCGCGUCAGAACUUGGGCAGCUUGCAACGCAAUUGCAUCCAGGGUGUCCACGGCGUACGGUCAACCACCCGCAACCUGUUAUGACUGGACGCUGGCGCCCUCAGGAGAAUUUAACCCGGGUUUUAUUCUGCCAAAGGAUGCCCAGAAUCGCUUAUUGAUCGAAAGAUUCAGUGGCAAGAUCACCGAAGUCUUCUAUCGCAACCCAACAGAUCCUGAAGGUAUUGUCAAAGAUGAGGUCCGUGUUGUCAUCAUCAAAAUGUUCGUUCAAGAUUACAUCGAGGUCGAGAGGUGCCUAGUGAAUCCUGAUCAGUUCUCCUAUCUCUACCUUCGAGCCGCCGGUCUUCACCUACGUCUCUCUAUCUUUUUCGCCUCCCCACAAUCCAAAGACUACAAAGAAGGCCUGAACGCCCUUUGGGAAGCCACAAUCCUCUUCCUCGAAACGGCCCUCCAUAUUGACACCGACCUAGUCACCGAGCUGCUCGCUUACGCAACCAAUUAUGUCCUCCAGAUGAUCAUAGCAUCCGCAUUUACGCUCCUCAAGCUCCUGAACAGCUCCUUCGCUAACUUUGUGAACGUCGAGUAUGGCCGCGGCCUCUUCACAGAAGCUGUCCGUGCAAUAAGAACCAUCAGUGUAGCAUCUAACGAUCUUCCGAGCCGACUGGCUGAGGUGCUUGCCCAGCUGUGGAAAAGUAGUGGGGCGGGCAAGAAGCAGAUACAGCCUACUUCUAACUCUAUGGAAUCUUCGCUGCAGCUGAAGGUCAAGUGCCGUAUGAGUAUGAGCCUGGUCUUCGAUUCUGUCUGGCGGUGGAGAGAUGAAUUUCAGGCUAAGGGUCGCGGAAACCUUGAAGGUAUAUUAUCCCCCUAUUCUGGGGUUGUGAGGAAGCUUACGCUGUUUCAUCCAGCCGCACUCAAAAACCCAACGAACCCCGACUCAAAUGCCGAAUCUUCAGCCAAUUCUGUCGUUGACGGAAACCUAAGCCUCGCACCCUCCGUUGCGCCCCUGGACCCUCCAACCAGUGGUCUCCCUCCCACCGACGGCUUUGGGCUCGGGGAGGGCUACAACGAGGUGUUUGAUCCGCUGAACUGGAUGUUCGAUGGCUUGGUCGAGUUCCCGAGCUUGAAUGGACUGGGAGGGAUGGGUGGAAUGGAUGAUUUAGGAGGAUGA